AUGGAGCCAGUGAUUGUUGCACCAAAGCAUGUGAUUGAGGAGUCACUAGAAGAAACCAUAGUAGAUGCUCCUCCACUCGUAGAGGAGCCACAACCCCUCAUCUUCGAAGCCCCAAUUGAGACAAGAUCCAAAGUAGUGGAUGAGGAGCCUAAAAGAAGAAACUCUGGCAACGAUGGAGGUAGUGCUAAAAGAUACUCUGCUGACAAUAGCAGAAGACAAUCAGGUGGUUGUCUUGGAAGAGACUAUGGUGAUCGAGGAAAUGAAAGAAUAUGCCCGUUUUGUUGUUUCGUGGCCACCGAACCACCAUCUAGUACCGUUGACAUUCCUUAUGCUAAUGACGACGAAGACCAUCAGCGGGCUCCGUCCCUCCGUCGCAACCUUCUCUCCCCAUGUCUCUUCAUUUUUUCUUCAGUGCAACACCCGAAGCCGCCUAUCGUCGCUGUUGUUACCACCUUUAGCCGCCCGGUUUCCGAUAAUGAUGUUGUCGCCGCUGAUGCUGUUGUCAUCGUGUUUUGA